ACGGGCUCGCCUACGCUUUCUCUUCUGCAUUUCCGAACCGCGGGAUUGCCGCUCGCUUUUGGCUUUGUGUUCUCUGUGCUCCGGGACCCGGACACUGCCGGAAGGAGCCGAGCUGUCCUCUGCGGGCGGCAGCGGGAGGCGGGAUUAGGACCUCGGAGCGGCCUGGGAGUAUUAACGGUGGUAAAGAUGUGAAGAGAUUUCCUGGAUGUGGAGUGUGACUUUCCGAAACCACCCUUACCUUGUGCUGUGUUUGUUAUCAAGAUGUUUGGGAGAUUGACUCUUCCACAACUGCUUUUUGCUACUUUCCUUGGAAUUGCUGGAGGAAUCUAUAUUUAUCAACCAAUAUUUGAACAGUAUUCCAGAGAUCAGAAGGGAAUAAAAGAAGAGUUGAAAUUGGCACAGGAAACAGAAAAGAAAAGUUAAUACUACAUGGAGUUGAACUGUAAUGAUUGAUUAAAAUUCCACUGAAAUUA